GUGGCCAAGUGGGAAAGUCUAACCCGAGGAGCAACGCCAUCUCCAAUUCUCCAUGGGUUGGGUUUGACUUUGAGACUUUUCGCUCUUCUCAUAGACAUAGUCGUUAAACGCGUUUGAAUAUUUCUUUUCUUCCCUUCUUCCUUGUCUCUCUCUCUCCCUCUCCCUCUCCCUCUCAAGGCUAUAUAGUUUGUCUGUUUCCUUCUCCAAUCCUCAGAUAACUUCACAAUACUGAUUCUUUCUUUCUUGGCAAUUAAUUCGCUUCAGCGCGUCUUCAAUUCUUUGCUGCUUUGCUGCGUUUCUUCCUUCAAGCUUUACAGGUAAUAAGCAUGAUCCUCAGAUUGAAAAUUGCUCUCCGUUUCUCAAUUCAAAUUUUUCUUCCUUCUCAUCGACUAGCUUUAGUAAUUCAUUUGCUCUCUGGGUCUCUUCCUCCUCUUCUAUGGCAUCAGUGCUACUUUGACAUGUCCUUUUGUUCUCUUUGAAUUCUUGGCUUUGUAAAGUUUCUUGCUGUUUUCGUUGGCGAGAAAGUCCAAGGUGUUCCCCAAAAGAAGAAAAUCGAAACUUCCAAGGUGUGACCUACGGGGUGUGGGUUUUGUGCCCUAUCUUUUUUUUUUUUUUUUUGGUGAAAGUUUUGUGCCCUAUCUGCUUGCUUGUUUCAUGAAUGAGAAAUUCUGACCUAAUUCUGGUGAACUGUUUCGUAGUUGUAAAAAUGAGGCCCAAAUAGUCCAAGAUUAUGUUGUUCGGUUAUUCUCACUGGUACUCCCCGUUUCUGUUUUAUAUUCCUUCCUCUCGGAACUUAUUCCAGAAUCGAUCUCUUAUUUAGUAGGAAUCCUCUCUUUCUUCUACGAUGCUUUUGUACUACCACAAGGAUCUGCAAUUGUAGCAUCACCUUAAUCCUAUUAAUUUUAAGGAUUGUGCUGUUUAUGUGGGUUGACAGUGAUCUAGUAGAAGCAGAAAUUGACCUUCAUUUCGUAUUCUGUGUAGGCACUUGGUCUGGUAACUCUUUCAACUGCUAGACGUUGAAAUAUCUGCCAAAUUCACUUGUCUGUAUAAAAUGUUUGGCUUGACAAAAUCCUCCCCAAGUGUUGCCAAACAUAACAAGGUUGACCCACAAUACCCCCCUCCUUCACAUGGUAACCCAUUUGAUUCUAAUGAUGAGUUGGGUACUAACAAAACCUUGAAGCCCUCCAAGAGAUCUUCUUCAGAACCAGGCCUCAGUGCACCAAGCUCUUGCACCAAUCCGUUUGAUGACUUUGAGGAGAAAGGAUUAUCUUCUUCAUCCUCUUCCCAUUCCGUUGCUUCUACUUCAAGACACAAGUUUAAGAAUGAUUUCCGCGACUCAGGAGGAAUAGACAACCAGUCUGUGCAAGAGUUGGAGGACUAUGCUGUUUACAAGGCUGAGGAGACUACAAAGGCAGUCAAUGGUUGCUUGAAGAUUGCUGAGGAUAUAAGAGAGGAUGCUUCUAAGACUUUGAUCAACUUGCAUCAGCAAGGAGAACAAAUAACCAGGUCGCACAAUGUUGCGGUGGAGUUGGAUAAUGAUCUUUCUCGGGGUGAGAGACUUUUAGGAUCCCUUGGUGGCAUGUUCUCUAAAACUUGGAAGCCAAAGAAGACUCGUCCAGUGAUGGGGCCUGUGAUCACAAAAGAUGAAUCUCAACGGAGAGGUAACCAUCUUCAGCAGAGGGAAAAGUUGGGUCUGAGUACUGCAUCGAAGGGGGCAUCUAACCCACGGAAGCUCCCAACUGAACCAACUAAUUCAUAUCAGAAAGUUGAGAUUGAGAAGGCCAAGCAGGAUGAUGGACUGACAGAUUUAAGCAACCUAUUGGGGGAGCUGAAAGAUAUGGCUGUUGAUAUGGGAACCGAAAUAGACAAGCAAACCAAGGCUCUGGAUCAUUACCAGGAUGAUGUGGAUGUGCUAGAUAUCCGUGUUAAGGGAGCCAAUCAACGCACUCGUCGUUUGCUGGGGAAGUAGUAAAUUGUCCUAGAUCAUGUUAGAUACUGUGCGGCUCUGCUGGCUGGAAGAGAUGUUUACUCUCGCUCAUUUUCUCACUGUAUCUCUCACCUAUGUGCUUGAAUUGUUAUGGGAAUUCAAUCUCCCUUUUAAUAAGACGGUACAUUAUCUUCUAUAUCAAACUGACAUUGUAAUUGGUACACCAUUUAAUCAUUUAUACAGUUUGACCCUUGUGGCUGAGUGUCCAGCAUUAGAGAACCUUAUUGUCACUAUUUCUCAAUUUACGUUCAGCAGUGGUAGUAUGUAGUAAUGUAGUGAAGUGAGUGGCAGUCAGGUAAAUUGUUUGGUGUCAAUGACUCGAUGCAUAUAUGGUAUAACAGCAGGGGAAGGGGCACAGUUAAUAAUAUUAAUAGUUGUAUGAUUAAUAAAUUAAUUCAGUACGU